CCCACAAGCACCUCCAUGGGCUGUGGAGAACCUCCUAGCCAUUUUGUCGGUGGGGCUGGGGACCAUCUGUGCUGGAUCCAGCCCUCUUCCAGCCGCUGGCAGCUGCAGCGUUGUCCGAGGGGUGAUGAUCCCCCGCGGGAGCGACGGCAGGACCAACGUCACCAUCGCCUGGCACUACAAGUAGCAGUGCCCAGCCCGUGCUGCCCACUGCUCUGGCUGGACACAGCCACCACCGGCACCCAUCCGGCCAGCCCCCUCCCCAAGGCCAUGGCACCCCGCGGGUCCCUGCUGCUGCUGCUGGCACUGCUGCUGCUGGUCACGCACUGCCCUGGCCAGCACUGGUCCCACGGCUGGUUCCCGGGGGGCAAGCGGGACCUCGGAACUCCUCCGGCCCGCCCUGCCUGGGGCCCGCGGCUGGUCCCGGCGCGGGGCCGCAAGACUCGGCAUGACCCUCCCGCCAAGUCCAAGGCGUCGCGGCUGAAGGUGCCGCCGCCUGUGGACCCUGAGGAGCUGCUGGUAGUGAUCGAGCGGUACCGGCAGCACCGGCUGGUCCUCGGCGCGCUCCGGGCCGAGUUUAGAGCCGAGGUGCUGCAGAAGAGGCGGGAGGCUCUCAUGGCCCAGGACGGCUCGGCGGACCUGAUGGAGGAGCAUCAGCGUCUGAUGGCCUGGAAUGAGGAGGAGAAUGCGCGGCAGCGAGCACGCAGAGAGGAAAGACUCAGGAAAGAAGAGGAAGAGCAGAAGAGGCAUAAGCUACAGGCUGCAGAGACCAGGGCCAGGAAGAUGGAGGCUGUACUGAAGGAGAAGGAGAAGGAGGUUCUCCAGCUGCAGGAGGAAGCCAAAUCCUUCAUCACCCCAGAGAACCUGGAGGCACGGAUCGAGGAGUGCCUGGACAACCCUCGCAACUACAACUUCGCCAUCGACAAGGAGGGGCGGAUCGUCAGACGGACUGUGCUGCCCUAGCGGCCCGGGGCAGGGGCUGCUGGCCUGCUCUCUGUCCUCAGCCCCUGCUCACAAGCCCAGUGCUGCCUUUUUAAUUAUAAAUCACCCACAGAACUGGGAGAGACAGUUCUGGGCCUGGCCGUGGUUCUUCUGAGGGGUUCAUGCCUGUGGCGAAAAGGAUGAGGGAGAAACUUGGGAAAUCUCAGCCUCUUGAGGCAGCUCAAAGCUGCUGGUGUUCAUGUGCCUGUUGCUGGCACUCUGCUCUCCUACCUCCCAGAGGUGCAGAUCCUUCUACCUUCUGCACCAAGCAUGUGGUGGUGGAAAGCAGGAGGAGUUCUGAGGCAGCUCCCAGCUCCUUGCUGCAGCUGUUUGCAGAUGGACCCCUCUACGUGCCUUUGAAGGAAAAGGCAUUUAGUGGCACUGUAGGAAGUGCCAUCCCUCUGCUGAUUUUUGGUGGUGGUGGGAAAAGAAUUCACUGUUCUUCUGGUUUCUGCCGUGGUGGAGGGACCUGGUGUUCCUGUGCACACUUCAGACACACUUUUUUUUCAUCUCUUGGUGUGGCUAAAGAAGAAAAUGUGUUGAGAACAUCCAAA